AGUCAGCUUGGAGACUGGUGGGCUAGAUGCACUGUGGUGUGUUGGGAAAAAAAAAAAAAACAACAACUCAUCAGUGGUGGGAAAUUCUAUUUACAGCCAGCGCGAAGCAGCUCCCAAGGAUUCAUGCUGCAGGUUUCACUCUUUAUUAAAGUGUUCCAUCAGUACAUCAAAGGGUAGUUCCAUUCGCACAUAUCCCAUAGUCCGAUAGCUCAUGUUUCGUUGGUUAACUUGCAAAUGUUUGUUUGAGAAUGUCGGGUUACAGGCUCAGCAUGUUUGAUGACUCCAUCAAUUAGCAUUUAUACCAAACCACAUAAACGCCUCGCCAGAGUUGUGCGCACCAGAACAAGAAAUCCCACACUGACUUCAGAAGUGCUGCGUUGUGUUUCUGGAUAUUAUUCUGCAACUCCUCUCCUCUGCAUGUGCCACUUCAUCAACUACCCCCCCAAAAAAAUCCAUGCAUUGGCUUUACAUGACUUCAGAGUUUGUAAGCUUCCCCGAGCCCAUCUCUGAACCUCAGCAUUUGUGUUUCUUUCCACAGAACCCCCAAACUAUGCUCCUCUGUCAGUCUGGCAGUUUCUGCCUGCUCUCUGCCUGCAUGUUUGUAAUGGAAAGCAGCUGUCCUCUGCUCUGAUGAGGUUACUACAGUUCAUCAAGACGACAGUCUGAGGGAGAAUUCGUGGAAAGCUCCGGUUACUCAAAUUGCAGGCGUCUACCAGGUUUACUUUAGUCGGCGGCCAUACCUGCCUCGGCGUGUUCAGCAACAGGGCGUGUUGAGGGAAAGCGAGUCGCCUUAUAGGGCGGGUGUAAACUGUUUGACUGUUAAUUAGUAACAUCGUGCACUCAACACUUUAUUCCAUCCAAGGAUAGUCAUUUAUUUCAGUGCAUUCUGGAGCUUUUAGCUCCAGCGGCCAUUUUCUGUCCAAUCACUGCAGACCUCAAUCCAUCCAUCGAUCCGUUUUCCAUAUCGCGUGUCCUCAUUUGGGCUGCGGGUGAGCCAGAGGUCUAUCCCAGUGGAAUUUAGGCAAGAAGCAGGGUACAUCUUUCAUUAUCAGCCAGCAAAUCUCAGAGCACGUUAAGACAAACGACCACUCGCGCUUAACUUCACACCUCGGUGCUAUUUCGUCCCCUCCGUGAACCAAACGUGCUUGUUUUUUUUGUAGAUGGGAGGAAGCCCAAGUACCAGCAGAAAAGCCACCCCAGCAUGAGGAAAAACACCCCUCAAAGCGGAGAAAACAGAAGUUCUCAGCGAUGACCUUUUACAGAUUGAGCGGCGGAUGGAGUUGGUGCGCGUGGUGUCGCACAACACACACAAGAAGAUGGUCUCGUGUCUACAGGGACACAUUGGCGCAGAAGUUGAGAAAAGACACUCUGUACCACGCCUCUAUACAGGAAAUGGUCAGAAAAAGCUUCCCCUGACGGCGUUGUCCCAGGCUAUGGUGGAAGGUGGAAACCAGCUGGGUGAGGACUCUUUAAUUGGGAAGAUGAUGGAGGUGUGCGGGGACGCAGAGAGUCGUCUGGCAUCUGAACUGAUGCUGCACGAGCUACAGAUAGAGAAAGACGUCCUGGAUCCUCUCAGCCAGCUUGCCGAGGCGGACAUCCCCAACAUUUUGAAACAGAGGAAGCAGUUGGCCAAAUUGGUGCUGGACUACGAUUCUGCCCGAGCGAGAUGGUUGCAGGCGACCAAGUCAAUAAUCUCAGGAACAAACACUCAAGCACUGACGGCCAAGGCCGACCUUCUCAAGGAGGAGCUGGACGAGGCCAUGAACAAAGUGGAACUUUGCAAGGACCAACUUGCCGCAGACAUGUACAGCUUCUUCUCAAAAGAAGGAGACUACGCCUGCUAUUUUUUAACACUUCUUGAAGCUCAGGCUGAAUACCACCGAAAAUCUCUCACUUUACUGGAGAGUGUCUUGCCAACAAUCAAGGCUCAGCAAGAUUCAUGGACUGAGAAGCCCGCCUUUGGCACCGCGCUGGAUGAACACCUGAAGAGGAGCGGGAGGGAGAUUGCACUGCCCAUAGAGGCCUGUGUCAUGAUGCUAUUAGAAACGGGCAUGAAGGAAGAGGGUCUGUUCAGAAUUGCCGCCGGGGCAUCCAAGCUAAAGAAGCUGAAGGCGGCGCUGGACUGUUCCACCUCACAAUUGGAGGAGUUCUACUCUGACCCACAUGCUGUUGCUGGGGCAUUGAAGUCCUACCUGAGGGAACUCCCCGAACCUUUAAUGACCCACCAGCUUUACGAUGAAUGGACGCAAGCUUGCAGUUUACCAGAUUCGGACACAAGGCUUCAAGCUUUGUGGCUUGUAUGCGAUAAGCUACCUAAGAACAACAAAACAAACCUGAGGUAUCUGGUGAAGUUCCUUGCGAAAUUGUCUCAGGACAGUGAGGUCAACAAAAUGACUCCCAGCAACAUUGCCAUUGUCCUCGGACCCAAUCUGCUCUGGGCCAAGACUGAAGGGAGUUUGGCAGAGAUGGCUGCGGCUACAUCUGUGCAUGUGGUGUCCAUCAUAGAACCUAUCAUCCAGCAUGCUGACUGGUUCUUUCCUGAGGAUGUAGACUUCAAUGUGUCUGGCAUGUUUGCAAUGCCCGUACCCUCAUCCAACCACAACAAUCAUCUGGAUUAUGAAAGCGGCACGAUUGAGAGAAAGAGACCAGGCAGUUUAGUGGGACCAGAGACAGACGCAAACCGCAAAGAGAAUAACACCCCUAACAAGCACUCGGAGCACAUGCACCGUAGAGGCAGUACCACCUUAAGUAGAAAGCAGCACAGCUCACCCGCCUUCCAGCCCCCUUUACCGCCCGUGGAGGCUUCGGGUCAGGGACAAGGCGCUGGGCACGUCCCGCAGCCCUCGGCCGAGCCCCAACCGCCGGCUCCGCCGGGGGCGGCGGGGCCCGAGAGCCCCUAUAGCUCGGCGCCGGUCCUCUCCGCGCUCGCUGCCUCUCAGCAGCUUCAGGCGCUGCACACGGAGGAGCUCAGCCCAAAGCCGCGGGACCCUACAACCACAUCGACCCCCCUCCUGCAACGGAACGGUUCUGGAGCAGGGAGCCAGGCUGCUGGCCAGAUGGGCACCGCGACCAGUCCACAUUUGACACGCCGAGUCGUCAAGAAACAGGCACCCGCUCCCCCCAAGCCACCAAACCCUCCGCCAAGCCAGCCCUCCACUUCAGUCAACUUAUCCCAGCCCCUAAGCCCCACUCCAAGACCUCUGUCCGGCCACUCCCCAACCUCCUCCACAUCCCCCAACUCUCAGCUAUACAGCACACACCGGCGACACUCAAGUAACCAGCCGCCGAUCCAAGCCCCCAGCCAUCCGCCCCCGGAGCCGCCUACGCACACCAAUUCACCCACUCAGCUCACUGGGGAUCCUCAGAGCGCAGAACCCUCGCCGCCGGAGUCCCCCACCCCUCCUGAUACCCCUCCGCCACCCGCAGUUCCCAGCCCAGACAGCCCUCAGGUUGCCCCCGCUUCCCCAUCCCCUUACCAGACGGGUUCGCUCCACCGACCGCGGCCUGUCCCCAAACCCAGGAACAGGCCCAGCAUACCCCCACCGCCGCAGCCCAAUCCCGUGGCCAGCGACACCAACGGGAUCUGCGCCACAGCUUAUAAGACGAUGGACCCAGCGAUUUCCUUCAAAGGGCUGAGUCGGACUCUGGUCCCGGAGUUCAACGCAGACCAGCAACUGAGACCAGUCUCCUCGCUGCCGCCUUCCAGAGACUGUGAGCUGGACAGCGAAAGCACCGUCCUAUAAAGGGAGGACGCACACUUCCUCUUUUUAUACACACACGUGUGCACACACUCCAAUACUGUUCUACCGAUUAUUUGGGGGGCAGGGUGGUUUUGUGUGUCAUCGUUCCCAAAUAUUUUACCAAACAUACAUGCAAAAAUGCUCCGUUUUAGGUCGUACGUUCUUGCCAAACUAACAUUGGAGUUAGUUGGCAAACAAAAGAUGAUUAUGGGCUACUUUGAGACUUUGGUGUGUGUUUUUUUUUUUUAACGUUUGAAAUGGCCUUAGAACAUGAAAUGACAAAUGUAUUUUUCAGCAGUUGGAACCAAAAACUUCGCGGUGACUGCAGGUUUCCAGUCAUCUCAACUUUUAACAUGUUUUUUUCCCCUCCCCCUUCCAUCUAUUCUCUUGCUCUUGUAUUUAUUUACCUACCAAGUUUAAACAAACACAUUCCCUGUGGCUCGCCACACUUUGUGCAGUCAGUACAUGUAAAUAAAGCCUUAAUAGGAUGGAAACGUUGUAGAUUUACUGUAUGGAGAGCAUUUAUUGAUAUCUAGCUCAAGGUCCGUGUACAUGUCCUCACUAAAUAAGACAACAUGGUGAGUGCUAGUCAUUCUGCUAGCACACAAGAUUUGUCUUACUAGUGAGGCCAAAAGACUGCGAGUACCUUGACCUUGAUAACAAGGAUAAUAAAUAAAUACGCAAACAGCUUUCCAAAUACUGCUUUUUCUUUUUCUUUUUUUUUUUUGUAUUCGUGCAGUAUUUCCGAGAAGCUGUCUUGGUGUUUUCAGGGAUGUCAUAUGAAGGUUAUCUUAACCCUCUCAUGGUGUUAAAACGUGUUGCGGUUCUUUCGGGGCUGUUCCGAGUGCAAGAAACGGGGGGGGUUAGCUGCCCUCCCCGAGCCUCAAGCAGUCAGUAUUUUUUUGCCUUUCUUUGGAGUGUGAUGAAUGUAAGCGGAAGGAAUCUUUCUGUAAAAAUGCCUCUUUGUCUGAAGCCGAUGUCGCACAUGAGCACAGGCCAUGAAACCAUUUUUUUGUACAAAUUUUGAACUCCCCACUGAGAACACGUAUGCCCUCGGUAGUGACGUGCGGGACAAAUAUUUUAUCUAAUGGACGAGAUUCUUCUCUUUAUCUUGUGCGUUCAUGUGUAAUGCAGAGGUCCGGUUCCUAGAGAAUUGACACGCAAAAUGGUACCAAUACAGAAAGUUUUGGAUGCUGCAGUUGCCCUGGAAAUAUGUGAUUUCUCUCCCUCCCCCCCUCCGAGACAAUCAAGUGUCCCCCGAUUUCCCCUCUGCUCCUGUCACACUUUGCCUUAUACGCCUCCCUACUCCUCUUCCCGACACAUCGAGACCAACAAAUGCCAUUCAACUAGAAGUGAUGAUGCUGCGUAGUUUUUGUAUGUUUGUCGUCUGGUGAGCUGGAAUAUGGAAUAAAAUCUGUUAUAUGAAUGCUUGGUUAUACACCCUUUCCAAAGAAAAUAAAGUAUAUGAAGAACUCAA